UCGAUAGUUGUUCCGCUAGAAGUCAGAUCGUGAGGGGGAGAGAGAGAGAUGGCGAUUGCCAUGGAGAUCGUGAUUUCUGCGGAGGACGUUGCGUUCGAGGAAGACGUCCUGCGAGAGCCGUUCAAGCUGUCGAGCUGGGUGCGUUACCUGUUGGCGCGCCGUGCGGCGACGCCGGGCAAGCGCGCAGUCAUCUACGAGCGGGCGCUGCGGGCCCUCCCGGGCUCUUACAAGCUCUGGCACGCAUACCUCACGGAGCUCACCGACGGCGCGCACGCUCUGCCCGUUACCGACCGUGCCCACGCCAACCUCAACGCCACCUUCGAGCGCGCGCUCGCUGCAGGCAUGUCUCGGAUGCCGCGCGUCUGGCAUAUGUACGCCUCCUCCCUCCUCCACCAGCGCGAGCUCACUAAUGCUCGCCGCGCCCUCAACCGCGCGUUGCGCUCACUUCCUGUCACACAGCACCACCACGUGUGGCCGCUCCUCCUCCGCCUCGCCUCCCUCCCCGGCUGCCCCGCUCCGACCACCCACCGCGUCCUCCGCCGCCACCUCCAGUUCGACCCUGACCAAGCCGAGGAUUUUAUCGCCUUCCUCGUCUCCGACGGCAGAUGGAAGGACGCUGCUGAACACCUCGUUGAGGUCAUCAACGACGACGGUUUCGUCUCGGCCAAGGGCAAGAGCAAGCGCCAGCUCCUCCUGGACCUGUGUGGCCUGCUCGCCCAGCACCCGGAGGAGGUGGCCGGGCUGCCACUGCCAGUCGACUCCAUCCUCGUUGGCAGCAUCCACAAGUUCCCCGAUGAGGCCGGCGUCCUGUGGACAAGUCUGGCUAGUCACUACGCGCGAAUGAGCAUGCACGACAAGGCGAGGGACGUGUUCGAGGAAGGCAUAACAACCGCGACCACCGUCAAAGACUUUCGAAUGGUGUUUGAGGCAUGCGUGCAUUUCGAACACGCUUUGAUUGCCGUACAGCUUGACGAACGCGUCCAAGAGGAGAGCCCCCUUGACGUUGUCCAGGACUGCUGGUUGGUUGACCGAGACAAUGCAGACAUGACGAUGGCGAGGCUUGAGCGGCUGCUCGAACGCCGGCCAGAGCUGCUCAACAGCGUGCUGCUGAGGCAGAACCCGCACGACGUUCAGGCGUGGCACGAGAGGGCCAAGAUCUUCGACAAGGAUCCUGCGAGGCAAGCAGCCACCUACGUCCAGGCUGUCAAGACCGUUGACCCCACAAAGGCGACCGGGAAGCCGCACACGCUCUGGCUGGCGUUGGCCAAGAUGUACGCUAACGAUGGCCUCGUUGACAGCGCUCGCCUGGUCUUCCAAAGGGCCACUCGGGUGAAUUUCAAGGCGGUGGACCACCUCGCCACGAUUUAUUGCCAAUGGGCUCAGAUGGAGGUGAUGCAACAGCAACCCGAGAGGGCCAUUGACCUCAUCCGUCAAGCGACGUCGCAGCCAUCGGUCGAUGCCAGUAGUCGUGCUGCCGCUGCUGUGGGCAACGAGCCUCUUCAGAUGAAACUGCACCGCUCUCAGAAGCUUUGGUGCAUGUACUUGGACCUGAUGAAAACACAUGCAUCAUUUGAAUCCAUCUGCGCUGUCUACGACAGGAUGCAUGAUGUAGGCAUCAUCACACCUCUGCUGGUGCUGAACCACGCAUCCCUUCUCGAAGAGCACAAGCGAUUCGAAGACGCGUUCCGGGUUUACGAGAGAGGCGUCAACUCCUUCAAAAGCCCGCACAGCGACGCCAUUUGGGAAGCCUAUUUGACAAAGUUUGUUCACAGGAAUGGAAAUAGCAGGCCAGAGAGAGUGCGUGACAUGUUCGCGAGUGCGCUUCUGCAGGCUCCGCCGAAGAAAAAGAAGGCCCUAUACCUUGAAUAUGCAAAGUAUGAGGAGGUUUUUGGACUUGUGACACGUGCUAUGAAGAUAUAUGAGGAUGCCGCCAGUGCUGUCCCUGCCUGCGACAGGCUUGAUGUCUACGAGGUGUACAUUUUACGGGCUACUCAAUUCUGUGGGCUUGUCAAGGUUAGGAACAUAUAUAGUCAGGCAAUCCAUAGCGACCUACUGGACAAGGACGCUAGAGCAAUGUGCAUAAAGUUUGCCGACCUUGAGAUAGGUCUCGGAGAAGUCGCCCGUGCUCGGGCGCUCUAUGCCUAUGUCUCCAGCUUUACUGACCCUAAGGCUCAUCCCGGCUUUUGGAAACGAUGGAACGACUUCGAGGUUUCUCACGGCGACGAGACUACAUUUAGGGAGAUGCUCCGCAUGAAGAGAACCAUGACAGCGGCUGCAAGCGCUAUAGAGAUGGACGCUAUUCGGGCCGCACCCAAGAGGUCGUUGUGUCCGUGCGCACGCCAACAACUAGACCAUGAGGGCAUCGACGAACAACGCAAGAGGAGAUGCCUAGCGUAGCUUCCUCGGGAUGUCUUACCAUUCCUUCUACACCCUUUUUAUUCGAGGUGAAAAUGUAUGUUGACACUUUCUUUUUUGAUAAACACCGGUUACAACGU